AUGAAUGGACCCGCCGCUGAAUCCUCAGUAACCAGGAGUGCUCUUCCAGCGAUGAUGCGGGGACCUCCGUCUUCUCGCCCCGUGUCUGGCGAGUUUAGCAGCAUGUGGAGGGGGUUCGACACAAGAGAAGUGCUGCGCUUGAUCUUGCAGACCCUUGACGAAAUGGGAUACAGGGACAUUGUGGCAUCUCUUGAAAAGGCAAGUGGAGUCGAGCUGCUGCAGCCUGACAUGCGCAUGCUGCGCCGAAGUAUCCUGGAGGGGAACUGGAUAGAAGCGGGGAGAGCUCUGCUGCGUUUGCCGCUUGAACCCCCGACAAGACAGGGUUGCUGGUUUUUGCUAAUGCAACACAAGUUUUUGGAGAUGGUGGUGGACCCUUGCAGCACUUUAGAUGCAAGACUUAAGUGCCUGAGAAAGGAUCUUAGUGCUUCGGCGUUCGACGCUGCAACGGUAGAAAGAGUCCACGAGUGUUCGGCGCUUUUGAUGUAUCAAGGCAGCGACCUACUGGCUCACGUGCUGCAGAUAUCGAGUUUGAGCAGGCACCAACUGUUUAGCCGCAUCACAUGCUUGCUGCCAGCGUCGGUAGCAAUGCAGCCGUCCAUGCUGGCGACGAUUCUCGAUCAUGCUCGUCGCUUCCAAAUCCUUACUUGCCCGUUGCAUGUUGAGUCUUCGAGCUUCGCGCCGAAGAGCAUUAUUGAGCCCCAUCGCUGCAAAAUACCUCUCCUUCCGCAGUACUGCGUGGGCUGCCUUCACGCACAUCGCAAGGAAGUCUGGACAAUUGCAGUUUCGCCAAAGCACACGAACUCGACAGAAGCUCUCGUAGCGUCGGGAUCUGCAGACCGAUCGGUCUGCGUGUGGCUACUGACCACAGAAACCUCAACGGGGACAAAAAUUUCUCCCGGCGAACAAAGCUCGGGAGAGCGCGAGUCAACAAGUCAGCUUGGGGCGAAGUGGCUGGCAAGCUGGUUGGAGGGCGAUACGGACCUGCUGAUGCGCCUCGAGCAGACCCAAGCCCGCCCGAUACUAGAAAGCGGCAACAUCAUUGGCACGUGCAGGUUGCUUUGGCGUGUCCAGCGCCUGGCCAGUGCUACUGCGUUUUUGGACUGGGAUAGCACUGGGAAGCUGCUAGCAGCUGGUGGUGAAGCUGCAUUUAUUGAGGCUUGGGAAGAAGGCCGACGCAUUGGCGAUUACUGCCCACACGGCGGCUCGAUUGUUGCUCUCCAAUGGGUGCCAGGCUCAAGAAGAUUGAUAUCGAUGGCAACUGACAGAACCAUGACGCUCGUCUCACUUGAGGAGUCCAGCUUGACACCCACGCACGUUGUGGAAUAUGAAUGGAUUUUGCCGGGCAGGCCGCAGGAGGGAUUUUUACUUCCUCGGGGAAACAGCGUAAUGAUUUUCUUUGCAGACCGCCAGAUUAAGUUAUUCGACUUGGUCACGAAAGAAGAGACUUUUUGGGCUAGUGAGAAGGACCUAGUCAUUGCAGCGUGCCCGUCGAAGAUCUGCAAUCAAAUACUGAUAAGCGCAGCAACUACGCCACCGGUACUACGACUUUGGGACCUGGACGAACGCAAGAUUGUACAGAAAUACAAGGGCCACAAAGUGGGGAGGCUAGCGAUCCGUCCAGCAUUUGGUGGUCCACGCGAAGAACUGGUGAUAUCGGGCUCAGAAGAUGCACAGAUAUACAUCUGGCACCGUGUGUGGGGGUGCAUGCUGCAACAACUAAGGGGGCACGCCGCAGCUGUCAACCAAGUUGCCUGGGUCAACUUUUGUAACCCCGUUUGUCUUCUUUCUGCUGGGGACGACGGCGUUCUUUUGUUAUGGAGCUUGCCGACAACCUCCAACGAAGAGCGUGUGGAGCCUUCGUCCAGCCCGGAAACGGCAACUUUGUCACCGCCUGAUCAAAAUACACCCGACGCGAGCAGCGACCAGUGA